UUCGAUCGGAAACUGAAACCAAGUAACGCAGUGGGCAAUCCAGAAGUGCACGGAUUUUCGGACGGGGGAGAGCAGGCGUUUGGUGGAGUUAUUUUCCUGCGCUGGGAGCUUGAUGAUGGAAGUUAUCGUUGCGUCGCUGUCAUGGUGAAGCCAUUCGUUGCACCUCUAAAGAAGAAAAGCAUUCCAAGACUGGAACUUUUGGGUUGUUUGGCUCUCUCCAGAAUGUACGACACUUGUCGGAAAGCCCUAGAGUUCGUGAAUAUGAAGGACUUUAAAAGAAUCUUUUGGAUCGACUCAACAACUGUAUUAUCAUGGGUCAGGACUCCACCACGUCAAUUCAAGCCUUUCGUAUCGAGCCGAGUUGCUGAAAUUCAGGAAACGAUUGGCACAGAGGACUUCCGCUAUGUCAGAUCGAAGAGCAAUCCAGCUGAUGGUCUCACACGGGGAAUCGAACCAGCCGAAUUAGCAAAUUGGUUGGCAGGUCCAUCAUUCCUGAAGUUUCCCGAAGCCCAGUGGCCAGAGUUCCACGAAGAUCUCAGAUUAUCCAAUUCAGUAUGCCAGGAAACAAUGAAAGAGAAGAAAUCAUCAUUUUCAUCCAAUUGUAACAAGGAAGUUAAUGAAGUCAACGUCUGUUUAGCUACUGAAGAGAAGAAAGAAAAUCCCAUUCUUUGUCACUUGAUGGCGGCUUGUUCUUCAUUUUCAAAGGUUCGGAGAACACUGGCUUACAUAUUGCGAUUCACACAAAAUGCAAGAAAGAUCAAUAUGAAAAAAGGGACUAUUACCGCUCAGGAGCUACAAAUAUCAGAAAAAUACCUUUUUAAGUUGUGUCAAGACUCCCUAGACCUAUCCCGCUUCGAAGAAAAACUUCUUCCAAGGACGGACCAGGAUGGCCUUCAACGAGCACACGGACGCCUGGAAGAGAUCAGAUCACUCUCAGAGGAAAUGAGAAAUCCAAUCAUCUUACCACGCAACCACCCACUGGUCAAAUUACUUCUGCAGCACCUCCACGACAAACGGCGACAUUGCGGUUACAAGAGCUUAAUGCACGAGGCAAGAAAGAGGUUCUGGAUCAUCGGUCUACGUAGUAUGUGUAAACAACUUACGAGAAGAUGUAUCAUCUGUAGAAAAUUGCGAAAGAAACCCCUCGACCAACUGAUGGGCCAAAUCCCAAGUCUUCGAGUCGCGGCCGGACUGCCACCAUUUUCCAAUACCGCAAUGGACAUGUUUGGACCGGUGCAGAUCAGAAUGAACAGAAAGACACUCAAGGAAGCCCAAGUGAUAAUCUUUACCUGCAUGACGACCAGAGCAGUUCACCUGGAACUCGUCACCGAUAAAAGCACAGAGACAUUUUUGUUGGCAUUUCGCCGUUUCGCAUGCUUACGCGGCCAUCCCAAUGUCUGUUGGUCAGACUGUGGUACUAAUUUCGUCUGUUCACAAGGUUAUCUGAACGAAAUAAUGAAGAAUUGGGACAACGCUAGAAUCCAGAGUGUACUGACCGAGGAGUUCUCGUGCGAUUUCAAAUGGCUGUGGAAUGUGCCUCAUGCCAGUCAUCAGAACGGUGUCGUCGAGUCUCUUAUUAAGUCCGUCCGACAAGCCUUCAAUGUUACCUGCAAGAGUCAAGCGUUUACGGCAGAACAGUGGUCAACAUUCCUCGCAGAAAUCAGCUACGUGAUCAAUAGUGGCCCUUUGUAUCCCAGUUCGGAUGGCGUUUGGGAGAGUCCACCAGUAACACCGAAUGAUAUCCUUCUUGGGCAGCAUAAUUCACCACCUCAGCCAACCCCGGAAGAUAGAAUCAACCCAAGAGAUCUUUUACGAUGCACACAAAACAGAAUCGUCGAUUUCUGGAAAUGCUGGUUGAAGCAUUUUGCACCCAAUCUAUUACCCCGCAACAAGUGGUUCCGAAAAAGAGACAACGUUCAAGUAGGGGACCUGGUUCUGGAGCUUGAUCCAAAACAUAAAAGAUGCCAAUGGAAGAUGGCACUUAUCACCGAAGUUCAUCCCGGAAGCGACGGCCUUGUGAGAAAAGUAAGAAUGAAGACGCAAACAGGAGAAUAUGACAGACCCAUCCACAAGCUGUGUCUUAUAGCCACCAGAGAAGAACUUGAUGCAGACUAG